UCCAAAAGAAAAAGGAUGGACUUACCAUCCAUUUGUUUAACAGUUUUAAUGGAUGGCUUUCCCUUCCAAUUAGAAGAUAUAUGUUUGAUGGAUAAACCAUCCAUUUUUUUUCCCUCUGUGCUUGAAAAUAGUAGUAUACAUCUUACACAAAUUCAGCAGUUAGAAAUGAAUACAGAGAGGAUCAUCAAGAUUGAAUGGUCAAUAAAAGGAUACCAUGCUUUUCGGAUAAAGCCUCACUCACAAAUUGAGUUAGAUGUGUUGCCCGAGGAAGGAAAUCCUUUCAGCCAAUAUGCAACAAAGGUAGUAAUGCCACUGCUUCAAGAGAUUUCUCCAGAUCUUCACAAUGUUUCAACCGACAUGAGAGAAGAAAACCACCAAAGGGGACAGCUUAUGAAAGAUAUUGCAGGAAAACAAGUGGGGAGAGUUCCUGCAAAUCUUUGCACAGCUUUCAGAAAUAUGAUUUCUCGGAACACUAUCAGAUGCAUUAAGUGUAAAGUCACAGGACCACCAAGACUCUCAGCAAAUCCACCAUCAAACCAACGAUACCGGUCAAACAAUAGAGGUCAUGACAGACCAGGUGGGGGAGCAGACAUUCCUUGUUCUUAUUAUUUGCAUAUACGUGACCGGAUGUUUGCAGAUACAAUGCAUAUUCUUGAAGACUGUGUACCUCUUAGGGAACUUGAUGAAAGAGUACACGCAUGA